AUGACACCAAAUCAUGUUGCAAUCAUUGGAGCAGGGUUUUCAGGCCUCGUCUUAGCCCUGUCUCUUCAGAAGCAGUCUGUUUCGUGCACCAUCUACGAGGCCCACUCUGCCUCACUCGACAUCGGCGCCAUUAUGCUCUCGCCCAACGUAUUGCGUAUCCUGGAUGCAAUUGGAAUCUACCAGCAAAUUCGCCCACGAUCAUUCCAGUUCCAGAUCCUGCAUUUCUGCACUGACCCACCCGUGGACACGUUCGAGUUUGGAAACCGUGACCGCUACGGCUAUGAUGCGCUGCGGAUCUAUCGCUAUCAUUUAAUCGAUGUGCUCGUCGCUACAGUGAAGGAGAAGGGAAUCUCCAUUGAGUACGGGAAGAAGCUUACACGAGUUGUUUCCUGGAGUGAGACUGAGGUCUCAUGGGAAUUCGACGACGGUACAACUGACCGAGCAGCAUAUUUAGUCGGAGCAGAUGGGUCUGAAGUUCUCAUCGGGAAACAGAAACGCGCCGCCGAACUGGACCGCGAGGGCUGGAAUCAGCUCAUGAACGACAAGCAGCGGUGCGUCGACUUCCUACGCCAGGGACCUGAGGAUUUUCCCGCCCUUGUCCAGGGGGCAGUAUUUCAUAUCCCCCUGGAUAAGAUCAAUCUUUGGCCUUUCUACAUGCCCAUGCUAUUUCCGCCUUCUGCGGGCCAAGGUGUGAACCAGGCGUUUGAAGAUGUUUACACCUACGCUCUGGUCUCAUCCCAGUCUCAGUCGCAGGAUCUGAAAUCUGCUCGGAAGGUCUGGCAGCAUGGUCGUCAGGAACGAGUCGACCGGAUUCUGGCACUGAAUUCACAGAUUGACGCUCGACGAAUGCCUAAGAGCCAUGAUUCGGGUCCACCAGAAUUAGACCAGGAGCCGUUCGAUGUGGAGUGGCUGUAUGGGGCGGAUUUUGAGGACAUGGUGCGGAACUGGCUGAGCAGAGUUGUCAAGGGGUAA